AUGAACGUUAAUAAUAUCAGGCAACAAGAUGCAGCAAGUGCACCUUUGUCAUUCUCGCAGCAAAAAGAUAAUAAUAUAAAAGAAAUAGGAAUAUCAAAAGAAAAAAGUCCGGCUAAACAAAAUAAAGAACAACAAGAUGAGUCCUUUUUGGACACUAUCAAUGAUGAUACGAACGCACUACGAGUACGACUUAAGUGGGCUGAAAUGAAUAAUCAUGUUUUGACUGACAAUAUCAACACUCUAAAAUCCGUUGUAAAUCAAUUGGCUACUCAGUUAGAUCUGGCAAACAAUCAACUAGCACUCUAUACAGAAACGGAAGAGCUACAAAGGUUGCGCAGAAGUGUUAGGGAAGAAAAUGCUGAUAAUGAGAAUAAAGAAACCUUAAAUACCAAUGAAUACAACGAUCGUAUCGCUUCUCUGCACAACGCAAUACGAGAAAGAGAUGCAAUGAUCAUGACACUCCGUCAUGACAUGGUUAUGCAAAAUAUAAACGCAGAUAAACUUUUGCGUUCUGAAUUAAAAGAAAAAGAUCAAGUCAUCCUACGAUUAAUGAAUAAAAUGGAGGAGUUACAACGAAUUAUAAAUGCCAAAAGAGGUAUAUAG